GGCCGGGAGGAGCCGCCAGGGCAGAAGCCGCACUUGUUAGUGUGGGGGGAGGAGGGGGCCGGGGGACGCCGACACCGUCACCCAGGGACGCCGAGGAGAAGGCGGGAGGGGGGUGGGGGCGAGAUCAGGCUCCGACCCCCGGCCGAGGGGAUGAGGGGAGCAUGGGCGCCAAGGAGUCACGGAUCGGAUUCCUCUGCUACGAGGAGGCGCUGAGGAGAGUUACAGAUGUAGAGCUGAAACGAUUGAAAGAUGCCUUCAAGAGAACCUGUGGACUGUCAUGUUACAUGGGCCAGCACUGCUUCAUCAGGGAAGUGCUCGGAGAUGGAGUACCUCCAAAAGUCGCUGAGGUGAUUUACUGUUCUUUUGGUGGAACAUCUAAAGGCCUACACUUCAAUAACUUAAUAGUUGGACUUGUCCUUCUCACAAGAGGCAGAGAUGAAGAGAAAGCAAAAUACAUUUUUAGUCUUUUUGCAAGUGAAUCCGGGAGCUAUGUUGUACGGGAAGAAAUGGAAAGAAUGCUACAUGUGGUGGAUGGCAAAGUCCCAGAUACACUCAGGAAGUGUUUCUCAGAGGGUGAAAAGGUAAACUAUGAAAAGUUUAGAAAUUGGCUUCUCCUAAACAAAGAUGCUUUUACCUUCUCUCGUUGGUUACUGUCUGGAGGUGUGUAUGUGACCCUCACUGAUGAUAGUGAUACUCCCACUUUCUACCAAACUCUGGCUGGAGUCACACAUUUGGAAGAAUCAGACAUUAUUGACCUGGAAAAACGCUAUUGGUUGCUGAAGGCUCAAUCCCGGACUGGACGAUUUGAUUUAGAGACAUUUGGCCCAUUGGUAUCACCACCUAUUCGUCCAUCUCUAAGUGAAGGUUUAUUCAAUGCUUUUGAUGAAAAUCGUGACAAUCAUAUAGAUUUUAAAGAGAUAUCCUGUGGAUUGUCAGCUUGUUGCAGGGGACCACUGGCUGAAAGACAAAAAUUUUGCUUCAAGGUGUUUGAUGUUGAUCGUGAUGGAAUUCUCUCCAGAGUUGAAUUGAGAGACAUGGUGGUUGCACUUCUAGAGGUUUGGAAGGACAACCGCACAGAUGAUAUCCCUGAAUUACAUACAGAUCUAUCUGACAUUGUAGAAGGCAUACUGAGUGCCCAUGACACCACAAAGAUGGGGCAUCUUACUCUAGAAGAUUAUCAGAUCUGGAGUGUGAAAAAUGUUCUUGCCAAUGAAUUUUUGAAUCUCCUUUUCCAGGUUUGUCACAUAGUUCUAGGGUUAAGACCAGCUACUCCAGAAGAGGAAGGACAGAUUAUUAGAGGAUGGUUAGAGAGAGAGAGCAGGUAUGGUCUACAACCAGGACAUAAUUGGUUUAUCAUUUCCAUGCAGUGGUGGCAGCAGUGGAAAGAAUAUGUCAAAUAUGAUGCCAGCCCUGUUGUAAUUGAGCCAUCAUCUGUUCUGAAUGGAGGGAAGUACUCAUUUGGAACAGCAAUACAUCCUGUGGAACAGAGUGAUGUUAGAACUGGAGGAGGCAGCCUUAGUUAUGGGAAUGCCACAGAAGAAAAAUUUUCGGAUAACAUUUCUACUGCAUCUGAAGCCUCAGAAACCACUGGCAGUGGUUUUCUGUAUUCUGCCACACCAGGGACAGAUAUGUGCUUUGCUCGACAACAUAAUACUUCUGACAAUAACAACCAGUGCUUGCUAGGAACCAAUGGAAAUAUUUUAUUACAUCUCAAUCCUCAAAAACCAGGAGCUAUUGAUAACCAGCCACUAGUAACUCAAGAACCUAUAAAGGCUACAUCAUUAACACCAGAAGGAGGGCGGUUAAAACGAACUCCACAGUUGAUCCAUGGAAGAGAUUAUGAAAUGGUCCCAGAACCUGUGUGGAGAGCACUUUAUCAUUGGUAUGGAGCAAACCUGGCCCUACCUAGGCCCGUGAUUAAGAAUAGCAAGACAGAAAUUCCAGAGCUGGAGUUAUUUCCUCGGUAUCUUCUCUUCCUGAGACAGCAGCCUGCUACUCGGACACAGCAGUCUAACAUCUGGGUGAAUAUGGGAAAUGUACCUUCUCCGAAUGCACCACUAAAGCGGGUCUUAGCAUAUACAGGCUGUUUUAGUCGAAUGCAGACCAUCAAGGAAAUUCAUGAGUAUCUGUCUCAGAGGCUGCGCAUCAAAGAGGAAGACAUGCGCCUGUGGCUGUACAACAGCGAGAAUUACCUUACUCUUCUGGAUGAUGAGGAUCAUAGAUUGGAAUAUUUGAAAAUCCAGGAUGAGCAGCACCUGGUAAUUGAAGUUCGCAACAAAGAUAUGAGCUGGCCUGAGGAAAUGUCAUUUAUAGCAAACAGUAGUAAAAUAGAUAGACACAAGGUUCCCACAGAAAAGGGAGCCACAGGUCUGAGUAACCUGGGAAACACAUGCUUCAUGAAUUCAAGCAUCCAGUGUGUUAGUAACACACAACCACUGACACAGUAUUUUAUCUCAGGGAGACAUCUUUAUGAACUCAACAGGACAAACCCAAUUGGUAUGAAGGGGCAUAUGGCUAAAUGUUAUGGUGAUUUAGUACAGGAACUUUGGAGUGGAACUCAGAAGAAUGUUGCCCCAUUAAAGCUUCGGUGGACCAUAGCAAAAUAUGCUCCUAGGUUUAAUGGGUUCCAGCAACAAGACUCCCAAGAACUUUUGGCUUUUCUCUUGGAUGGCCUUCAUGAAGAUCUCAAUCGAGUCCAUGAGAAGCCAUAUGUGGAACUGAAAGACAGUGAUGGUAGACCAGACUGGGAAGUAGCUGCAGAGGCCUGGGACAACCAUCUAAGAAGGAAUAGGUCAAUUGUUGUGGAUUUGUUCCAUGGGCAACUAAGAUCUCAAGUCAAAUGCAAAACAUGUGGGCAUAUAAGUGUCCGAUUUGACCCUUUCAACUUUUUGUCUUUGCCACUACCAAUGGACAGUUAUAUGCACUUAGAAAUAACAGUUAUUAAAUUAGAUGGUACUACCCCUGUACGAUAUGGACUAAGAUUGAAUAUGGAUGAAAAGUACACAGGAUUAAAAAAACAGCUAAGUGAUCUCUGCGGACUUAAAUCAGAACAAAUUCUUCUUGCUGAAGUACAUGGUUCUAACAUAAAGUAUUUCCCUCAGGACAACCAAAAAGUUCGUCUUUCAGUGAGUGGAUUUCUCUGUGCAUUUGAAAUUCCUAUCCCUGGAUCUCCACUUUCAGCUUCUAGCCCAUUACAGACAGAUAUUUCCUCUUCUCCAUCUACAAAUGGAAUAUUCACCCUAACCACCAAUGGGGAUCUUCCUCGACCACUAUUCAUCCCUAAUGGAAUGCCAAACACUGUUGUGCCAUGUGGAACUGAGAAGAACUUCACAAAUGGAAUGGUGAAUGGUCAUAUGCCGUCGCUUCCUGACAAUCCCUUUAUAGGCUACAUUAUUGCAGUCCAUCGAAAAAUGAUGAGGACAGAACUGUAUUUCCUGUCAUCUCAGAAGAAUCGCCCCAGCCUCUUUGGAAUGCCGUUGAUUGUGCCAUGUACUGUACAUACCCGGAAGAAAGACCUGUAUGAUGCCGUUUGGAUUCAAGUAUCUCGAUUAGCCAGCCCCCUCCCACCUCAGGAAGCUAGUAACCAUGCUCAGGAUUGUGAUGACAGUAUGGGCUAUCAAUAUCCAUUCACUCUACGAGUUGUGCAGAAAGAUGGGAACUCCUGUGCUUGGUGCCCAUGGUAUAGAUUUUGCAGAGGCUGUAAAAUUGAUUGUGGAGAAGACAGAGCUUUCAUUGGAAAUGCCUAUAUUGCUGUGGACUGGGACCCCACUGCCCUUCACCUUCGCUAUCAGACUUCACAGGAAAGGGUUGUAGAUGAGCAUGAGAGUGUGGAACAGAGUCGGCAAGCACAGGCUGAGCCCAUCAACCUGGACAGCUGUCUCCGUGCUUUCACGAGUGAGGAGGAGCUAGGAGAAAAUGAAAUGUAUUAUUGCUCCAAGUGUAAGACCCACUGCUUGGCAACCAAGAAACUGGAUCUCUGGAGACUGCCCCCCGUCCUGAUUAUUCACCUUAAACGAUUUCAAUUUGUAAAUGGUCGAUGGAUAAAGUCACAGAAAAUUGUUAAAUUUCCUCGUGAAAGUUUUGACCCUAGUGCUUUUUUGGUUCCAAGAGACCCAGCUCUCUGCCAGCGUAAACCACUCACACCUCAGGGGGAUGACCUCUCUGAGCCCAGGGUUGUAGCAGAAGUGAAGAAAGUGGAUGCCCAGAAUUCAACUGGAGAAGAGGAUGUAUUGAUGAGCAAGAGCCCAUCCUCACUCAGUGCAAACAUCAUCAGUAGUCCGAAAGGGUCACCUUCUUCAUCAAGAAAAAGUGGAACCAGCUGUCCCUCCAGCAAAAACAGCAGCCCGAACAGCAGUCCUCGGACUUUAGGGAGGAGCAAAGGGAGGCUCCGGCUACCUCAGAUUGGCAGCAAGAGUAAACUGUCGAGUAGUAAGGAGAACUUGGAUACCGGCAGAGAGAAUGGCCAGAUGUAUGAGCUGGCUGACACCCUAAGCCGAGGGCAUGUACUGGGGGGCAGCCAGCCUGAGCUGGUCACGCCUCAGGACCAUGAAGUGGCUUUGGCCAAUGGAUUCCUUUAUGAGCAUGAGGCAUGUGGCAAUGGCUACAGCAAUGGUCAGCUUGAAAACCACAGUGAAGAAGACAGCACUGAUGACCAAAGAGAAGAUAUCCACGUUAAACCUAUUUAUAAUCUAUAUGCAAUUUCGUGCCAUUCAGGAAUCCUCGGCGGGGGCCAUUAUGUCACUUAUGCCAAAAACCCAAACAGCAAGUGGUACUGUUACAACGACAGCAGCUGUAAGGAACUUCACCCUGAUGAAAUUGACACCGACUCUGCCUACAUUCUUUUCUAUGAGCAGCAGGGGAUAGACUAUGCACAAUUUCUGCCAAAGAUCGAUGGCAAAAAGAUGGCAGACACGAGCAGCAUGGAUGAAGACUUUGAAUCUGAUUAUAAAAAGUACUGUGUGUUACAGUAAGCGACCACGCUGGCUGCUAGACAGGCUAGUGGUGAGGGGGGCAACUCCCUGUAGCUGACAUUUGGCAAAAGCAGCGCGGAAAGGCAAGCUAAAUGUACUUAUUUUAUCCUGUGACCCUGAAGCACAAAAUAAAACCCUAAUUAAAAUAGCAGUUAACAUAACAGUAGUAAUAAUUUUGUUUGGAAGUGUCUCACAUAAACUCUGGUAGAGAACUUUCAGGCAGAGCCCACCAUUAGCCUGUAAGCAAAAGGGUUUGGCACCAGCCACCUGGGACCAAAUUAGAACUAAAUUGUGCUUGUCCAGAUAGGAACAACAUGUAGUGAGUAUAGAGUUUACCAAUAAUCCUAACAAUUUACUAAGAAUUUCCCUGGAGUCAAAGUAAAACAAAAAUUGUAGUGUUGUCUAGGGACGACAUGAUAUGCUACCUCCUUUUUCCUGAAGUUCUAUUCCAUAAUAUUGAUAAGAUGGAGAAAAAAAGAUCAUGAAUGUGUGCAGAGGAUUCUUUGGCAUGGACACAGAUUUUUCUAUUUAUAUUGUAAACAUUUUCCCAUUCUUUCUGUGUCUUCAUUGCUUUUUGUUUGUGUUUUUUGUUGAGACACAACCAGCCGUCACUGGUGGCGGAGGCCCACACGGUCCGUCUCUGAAGAGCGGCCGGCCGCCGCCACAGGCCGCCCUGGGAAGGCCCUGAGGUCUGGCUUCGGCGGCCUCCAGAGAGAAGCUCCUCUGAGGAUACGUCAGGUGUCCUUAAGUGUCGCCCCUCCACCCGAGGCUGCAGGGCAGUUGCCAGUGUCUGCUCCAUCUUCACUUGCACAGUAGCAAACGCUUCUGAGAGGGAAAACGGCAUCAGAGCUAAAUGGUGUACUCGCCACAAGUGGUUUUUUAGUCUUUGCUUCUUUGUUUUGCACUUUAAAAAGGAAUACAUGCAAAUAAACUUUUUAAACUUGUUCAUAUUGGAUGGCUGUAAGGGCUAUAAAUUAACUUGAAUAUGGGGUAUUUCCCCCAUCAUAUUAAAUUUAAAAACAAAACACAUCCCAGACAUUGAUAGUAUAUAAGUAUUUUUAGUGAAAUUGGUGAUUUUUGGAAGGAAACAUUUUGUUUGCAUGUCCUUCCCCCACCUCCCACCAUGUUUGCCUUUUAUUUUAUUUCACAGUAGUGGUCAUCACAAGUUAAUGUUUCUUUGCUCACUUCACUUUUCCUCCAACAAUUCAAGACUGGAACAAAAAUAUAAAUGUUAUUUAUUUCAGGCAGCAUUUUUUUCCUAUGUUGUUUUUAGAUAUGUAUUUGAAGAUUCUCAUUAAUUGUCAAAUUCCAUUACCCUUCCUUCCUCGUAGAUAGUAGUCACCAAUGUAAUUAAGCACUUGUAUGCUGAAAUCUGAGGCCAGUUACUAUCCAGUUCUACUCAGAACAUUGGAAAAGUUGUCUUAAAUGAUUACCUAACUUGAAGCCCUAUUCAAAAGAAAACUAUAAUUGCAAGUAGGAAGGGAUGACCUAAAUGUGAUGAAGUUAAACAAAAAAAAUGUUAGCUUUAUAGUUUCAUGGUAUUCGGUAUAUAAAAUUUUGUCCAUUUCUUCCUGGACAACUCCCAUGAAAAAGUGGAAGAUUUUAAAUAAUUUCCUUUCAGAUGUUUUAUUUAAGAAGGUAGCACAAUCUACUAAUGUUUGAGUUGUGUUUGUUAUAUUGGUUGUAAUUAAUUUUUUUAAUUCAUGACUAGCAGAAAAUUUAUUAAAUUAAUUAUUAACUACAUUCACCUUGUAAAUUACUGUAUAAAAAACUUGUUGACAAUGCACUGACUUUAGAAAGCUGUUAAUGUACAUAAGUAGAGUGUAAAUAAAAUAGUGUUGACGUAUUGAAAUAUGAGCUGUAUAAAAAAGUAUUGGUAAUUGUAUAUGGAGUGUACCUGUUUAUCUGUAACUAUUAUCCAAACAAAUUAAAUACUGUGGAUGCGUC